CGUGGCAAGUUCAGACAGCAGGGAGAGUUUCGCCAACAAAAAUACCAGGCCGUAAUACAAAUACAAACAGCAAAAUAAUAAAAAUUAUACACAAAAAAAAGUAUGAAUAAUAAAAAAGGCAAAUAAAAAGCAACAAAGUGGAGCGCAACCCAUAAGCAAAUCAUCGCCGAGCCACUCGAACACGUUGCCGCCGUUGCUGUCGCUGUCUCUUUCGCCAAGUGCGUUCGCUGUGCUCUCUCUCUGUCGCGUCGCGUAACGUAAGCGUAUUACAAAACAAACGCCAACGUAAUCAAAGAAAUAAAUAAAAUCAAAUCAAAUAAAAUAGAGGCGCUCGCUCGCUCGCGUGUUUCCACAGUGUGAAUAAAUGAAAUAAAUAAGUUAGUCACAAAAUAUAUAAAAAAAAGGGGCUCCAAGUGCAGCCCCCCAAAUUGCCGCACACCCUUUCAGCGAAAGAAAAAAUACAAAUUAACCCGUGUGUGCGGCGGGGUUACGUAAAGCCGACGGACAAGCGCCGUUCCAAGUUCUUACAAAACAAGAAAAAAAAAUAAUAUCAAACACCACAUAACACGAGUGAAUAAUUCGAUUUUUUCGCACGCGUGUGGCUAUAAAUUUUUGGCAAACAAAAAUAUAUACAACAACAAAUGUUUUAAAAAAAUUGCAAGAGGGAUUAUUUCGUGCUUGUGUGUGUGAGUGUGUGUGUGUGGUUCUUGAGCAACAGUACGCGCCGCACCCCCCGCGAAAAACCGCCCCUUUUUUGGGGAAAAACAAGGAGGCGCGGUUCAACAGCGACAGAUGCCUUGCUGCUGCUGCUGCUGCUUCAACUGCUGCUGUUGUCAAAACUUCUUCUUCAGUUCAACUAAAACAGGCAAAAGCAGAGCACGCAAGAGAUUAAUUGAUGGCAAAUGAAGUGGUGAAAUAUAUCAAUUAAAUUCAAUAAAUCAAGAAUCAAGCAUCAAGUGAACAAAGUGAAAGGUGUCGUGUAGUGUAGUGUCGUGAUGAGGGAUAUAGAUAUUGUAUCUGCCAGAUAGAUUAACCCAACUGUUGCAUACGUGACUGCAGGCAGCUACGAAAAUAAAUAAAUAAAUCAUAAAAAACAAAUCGCGCGGCAUACGAUCGCUUCGGAUAUAGCCAUCCAUAUAGUCAUCCAGUGAUGCCUCUGUCGCAGGGCUAUUGCCUGAAGCCCUCGCUGCGGGCGAUGAAGGUGCUCCGCCAGCAGGAGCAGCAGGAUCAGGGUCACCACAUGCCGCCCAGCAGCCACCCGCUACAGUGUUACCUGCCCCACAACGACAGCCAGAACUCGCUGCACUACCUGCUCGCCGAAUCCUUCGCCAAGGUGGGCAGUCUACCAGAAGCCUUCGAUGUCUACGAGUUGAUAGCCAGCCGUCAGUUCGAUGGCCAUGUGCCGCUCGACAAACUCAACACACUGGCCAGUGCGCUGACCACGCACAUCCGGCAAAUGGGCGGCAUUGCCACGCCCACACCCACGCCAACGCCCACACCAAUGUCCGCGGGUGUGAAGAGCCCCAGAAUAUCGGACAGAGUGGACAUGAUGCCCUGGUCACGAUACCAUCACCAGGGCAAGCAGAGUCAGGCGGAGCAAGGGGAAUUCCUGCGAGGAGUGGGUGAAUCCAUGGAUGAAGCGGGCGGCGGUCCCCUGGACUUGCACUCACCCACGCGAGAACUACGAGUGCCGAGUCCACUGCAGGACUUGGAGGACUUCGAUCCGCUGAUGUGUCCGCUGUGCGGCGAUAUCCUGCGCUGUCCGGUGACCACCAAUUGUGGCCACACCUUUUGCCGGCAAUGCUGCGAGACGAUCACGCAGUGCAACAUCUGCCAGGUGCGAUUUCCCCGCAUCCAGGCAUCCUCGCCAGCUGUUCCUCCAGUCUGCGCCCUUACCACCACCACAGCGAGUGGUGCGCCAUCCAGCGGCCUCUUCACAGCACCCUCCAACCACAAUGCGAACCUCAGCCUGAUCAGCUUUCCCGUGGGCUAUGGCGUCCAGCUGGCGUCCAGCGUCCACCGCUUGGCCGCACCACCCAUGACAGUGACCACCACCACGGUGGCAUCCACAACGGCCACGGCCACCACCACCAUGGCGUCCACAUCGGCGGCAGCUGCCCUCGGCCUCAGUGCGUAUCCCGCGGCACACGGCGGCGGAGGCAGUGGCUCCACGGCCAUGAAGUUCAUGCCGGACGUGCUGGUGCGCAGGCUGGUGGAGAAGUGGUGGGGUCCCGAUCUGCAGGCCAAGAAGAUCAGCGAGAAGGCCAGCAGCUGCAUGCACCUCAAUCUGCUCGACGACGCGCUCAAGUUCUGCAAUGCCAGCUUGGAGAAAGCGCCAGCAAAUUUCAAGAGUCUCUGCCUGCGUGCCGAAGUUCUUCUAAAAUUGAGCCAUUAUCAAAGUUCUCUGGCGGACAUCGAGAAUGCACUGAGAACCCGCUGCACUUCACCCAAGGCCCACUACCUGCGGGCCUUGGCCUUGAGCGGUCUUGGCCGAUUGGAGGAGGCUUUGUACAACGGCUUUUUGGCCAUUUGCCUUGAUAAGAAAACCAAUCUCAGCAACUCGGAAAUAUUUCAACAUGAUCUCGCCAAGAUUCUCCAACGUCUCCUGGCCCAAUUGCCCAAGAAUCGUAGCUCGAUGAGCAGCGCAACGCCACCAGUUUUCCAGCAGCAGCACCGCAACUUUGCCACCUCGCGCGCCCCAUAUCCUCUACUUUGGGAGCAGGUGAGGAGGCGGAGGAAACAGCAGAGCCACCACCACCACCAUCAUCAUCACCACCAUCACCAUGUGCACUUGGACGAUGUGGAGGAUGAGUUCGGCCACUACGACAACUACAUAAUGGCUGGCGAUGACAUGGAGGAGGAGGUGGAAGUGGAGGUGGACGGCGGGGAGCCGGGAUCCCUGCACUUGGAUGGCGACUUCCUGUUCCCCAGUGACCUGGACUUUAUGGAUCACCAUCACCAUCUGCGGCACGUCUUCGAGCAGAAGCAGUUCGAUCUGCAGCCCCGUCGCCAUGCGAACCGGAAGCACUGCAAGCGGAAAUGGUCGAUGGCCAUGGAGCCCAUGGGUGGCAUGGUCCUCGAGGAGGAUGUGGGUGUGGAGCGGGCGCAGGCGGCUGGCGAGAGUCGGCGGUGCAGUCGACUAUUCGCCGGUGUAUUGGAUCGCACGCAGCAGGAACUGCAGCGACUGAAAAAACUGGACAAGUCGGCUCCAUCGCUGGCGAUGAGCUCGGUGGCCGGGCAGCUGAUCGACGCCAGCGACUUUGACUGCGUGGUGUGCAGCCGGACUCUUUGGAAGCCGGUGGUGACCCCGUGCGGACACACGUACUGCCUGGUAUGCUUGGAUCGUUGCAUGGAUUACAACUCCCCGUGUCCAUUGUGCAUGUCACCACUUGUGGAGUUCAAUGUCAAUGCCAGUGCCAGUGCCAGUGCCAGUCAGCAUCCGAAUCCGAAUCAGAAUCCGAAUCAGAAUCCGAAUCAGAUCCACCUGCAUACGGGCUCAUCCUCGCCAGUUCCAUUUGCGCUGGCCAAGCGGCCAGUGACAAAGUUCCUAGAAGCCGCAAUGAAACGAUUCAUUCCAGACCACUACGAGGCGCGAUUCCGCCAGGAGAUUGACCAGGAGCCCUCGGUGCCAGUGUUCAUCUGCACGGCAGCCUUUCCGGCAGUGCCAUGUCCCCUGUUCGUGUGCGAGCCCAGAUACCGACUGAUGGUGCGGAGAGCCGUUGAGUCCGGCGACAAGACAUUCGGCAUCGUGCAGCCGAAUGGCGGCAAGUCGCGCUACUACGAUGUGGGCACCAUCCUGGACAUCCGGGACUGCGUGCAGCUGGGCGAUGGCUGCUCCAUUCUGAGUACCAUCGGCUGCAAGCGGUUCAAGAUCCUGGCGCGCAACGAAAAGGAUGGCUAUGAAACGGCCAAGGUGGAGUACAUCUGCGACGAGCCCAUUGCCGAUGAGCAGGUGAAGAUCCUCGCGGGAAUGCAGGGCGUGGUGCUGGCCAAGGCCAGUGGAUGGUUCGAAAGCCUGAGCACCGAGCAGAAGCACGAGAUCCUGCAGAGCUUUGGCCAGAUGCCGCCACUGGAGCCAAACUGGGAGCUGAUCAGCGAUGGACCGGCGUGGGCGUGGUGGAUUAUAGCCCUGCUGCCCCUCUCCCAGCAACUAAAGGUGGACAUACUGGCCACUACCUCGCUGGAGAAGCGGCUGCGUGCCAUCGACAAGACGUUGGACUGGCUGCACGACCUGAGCCACCCACAGCAGCCGGCGCACCACCCAAUGAACCACCACCAGCAGGCGCCACAGUCGCCGCAGCAGGCACAUCAUCUCGAUCUCGACUGCGAGGAGCAGGAGGCGGCUUCUUCCGGUUCCGAUGAGUGUUGCCUCUUUGCGGAAACCGGAAGUGAGCCGCACACGGACGAGGAGCUGCUCCUCUAAACCGAUGAUCAUCGGCAAAAUGAUAAAAUACAAGAAAAUAGAGAGAAAUUAAAAGUCAGAUAUCUGCGAGGAAACACUCUUUUGUAAAUUCUGUGUCUAAGCCAUUUCGUUUGUAAUCGAACGUUACAUGUUAAUCCUAGGGGCCAAAACCGAAAGCGAAGCAACCUUAGCAGAACCAAAAUUAUCACUAGAUCAGCAACAUAAUCCUUAGCUCUAGCCAUAACUGUCGAGUGUGUAAUGUGUAUUGUAUAGUAAAUGUGUGUGUAAACAACUAGAGAGCAAACCAGAGAUAUUUGUUUAAAGUCCAAACAAAAGUUGCAAGAAGAGAAACCCUAAAACCCUAUAACCCUAAAACCCUACAACACCAGUGAAACAAUCAAAUCAUGCUUUUGGCUGAAGCCCAUGCCCAAGUACCCAUGAAUGCUAACUUAAUAUCCCUAGAUCGACUACAACCACAUUCCACAAAACUUGAAAAUACGUUUGCCAUAGCAGAAGGAGCAAAAGGAAAGAAAAUAAACAAGAAAUUAAAUAUACAAAAUCUCUAAGAAGCAAAACUCAUGGUUUCUACAAACAACAUACACAAAUUUUUGACCAUUAAACAAUUUUAAAAGUACUAAUAAAAAAUACCAAGUCAAAGGCCAAUAAACGUACACCUAGAAGGAAUAUAAAACAAACAAGUCGGAUAGGAAAAAAGUUCAACUUCUCUUCAUUUACUUUGUAUAAAGCGGCUGGAACUCUAAGACAAUCUGCAAUAUUUUUUUGAUAUACCUAAACGAAACUAAAUACUAUAUAUACAAGUGUAAUUAGACGAAAACUGAACUAGUAACUUGUUAUGAAGCAAGUGACCGAGAGAGCUAAUGUGUUAAGAAAUUUAAAAUUUCCUUUCAGUUGAUUCAAUCUAAUACCCUUUCACUACGUAUGUACACACUCUGGACUCUGACCCUCUCUAUAACACCCCUACUCUCUCUUGAUUAUGCUUAGGCUAACUAAAUGAUAUGCUCACCUAUAUAAACCUAUAUAUAAAAUGCUAAAUGCUAAAUGCAAAAUGCUUAUUUCUGUAUUCGUAUCUGUAUCUUCAGCCCGCAUUCCUAUUGAAGAGAUAACUUUGAUAUAUCUUUGAAACAUUAGCUAAAACAUCUUUGUCUUUGUCUUUGUCUUUGACUUUGAUUUCUUCUACUUCUAAGCCGCAUACUCAUUUUGUUUAUUCUUUUUAAUCGUUCGAACUCUCCCUAUAAAGCAAAUCAAUUUUAAAAACAAAAAUUUGCUUUAUCAGUCGGCACACAUUUGUCUUUGUAAAUAUCUUUUAACGGAUAAUCCAUAAAUUAUAUGUACAUUUGCUACGCUAGCUAUAGAACACGAAUUUAAUUUUCAGCUUCAACACAAAAUGAAUAAAUCAACAAAUUUUUGUCAACUAAAUAUU